GGUCUCUAUCCACCAUAUUGUAAACAGGUGCCCGUGUGCUUGACAACGCCUGUUAUGUCUGUGUAACCAAACUCCCUAGGCUAAAGAAAAGGCGUGAAAACAUAGAGAUAACGAAUCAGGAUGGUGAAGAAAUGUAUAUGUGAAAUCUGUACAUGUGGGCGGCACAGAUGCCCUCACCGACCCACAAACGUCAUCAACAAGGGAGAUCAGCCGUGUAAUCUAACAGAGUAUAACAAUGUCUACAAGCAGCACCCCAUCCAGCCGCGGGAGAGUUUCAAGCCCUCAGCAGAGGCUCUCAGAGGAGGACAGUUUGAGGACAAAACAACACAGAGACAGGAUUACAUUAAGCAUCCGUUAGAGAGACCCUUUGUUAGAGUUCCGGAACAAUAUAGAAGACCUCAGGGGGAAAUGGAUGGAAUUACGUCAUAUAAAAAGGACUAUACAGAGAAGUAUCAGGAGCCGGCGAGAGCAAUAAAACACGACGGACAGCGCCAGGCCCAGGGCAAAUUCGAGGGGGAACCCACCUACAAAUCUGACUACAGGAAGUGGGAUAUGUCCGGCCGAGUCGGUCCAUACGUCUCCCAGGAUGCAUGGCAGCCACCCAACAGCAGGUUUGAGGGCGAAAGCACAAUGCACCACGACUAUAUUAAGUAUGACGCCAAGAGACGCGGUAUGAUUAAGCCCCCACAGGCGGCGCAGAUGUCAGAUUCCCCCUUCAAUGACAGGACCGGUUACAGAGAUUCCUACAUCAAACACCCUUUGGAGCCAAAGUAUGUUCAUCCCAAGGAACAGUACAAGGGCCCCGCUGCACCCUUUGAGGACAUGACCACAUUUAAGCGAGAUUAUAAGGGCAAUCCUGGAGAGAUCACUCGUAGCUUUAAGCCCGAUAACCAAGCUUUCUCCUCUGGGAAACCAUUAGAAGACACAACUACCAAUAGAAACGAUUAUCGAAAAUGGCCGAUGGAACGCCCCUAUGUACAUGCGCAUGAGCAGUACAAGAAGCCCGAUGGCACCAUGGAAAUGACCACCACACAUAAUGCGACUUACCGUGAGCUUCCGAUAGACAGAGUGGUGGCCCAUCGUCCGUCGUCUGCCAAUAAAGCACGUAAUGCUCCCUUUGACGGGAGUACCAGUUACGCGCAUGAUUACAAAAAGUGGGAGAUGAAUAGAAACAAACCCAUGAUGCGAGACGAAUACCAUCCAAACACGGCGCCAUUUGAGGGUCUCUCCACUCAGAAAGCUCAUUUCAUUCCUCAUGAAUUACAACCAAACAGAAGCUUCAGACCCGACAACACAGCUUUCCAGAGUGGAUCUAAGUUUGAAGAUGGUACCAUGUACCGCACAGACUAUACACCUAAACAAGUUGAAAUCUGCCCUGUCAUAGGAAUAGAGAAAGGUCAGUCGCAAUACCAGUACGUUACCACUGACCAACGAGGUCAUAAGAUGUAUAAUCCCGUUUUCGAGAGUGUCCAGUCACUGUCAAAUGGCUUUCAGUCGCCAAACCGAAUGCAGAUGACUGCUGCAUAAUCUGAACAAUUUAGAAAUUAAUUUCAUUUAUCCCAUAUACAAUCUGUGAUAUUAUAUUUGUGUAGAAAUAUUGUGAUGGCCAGCUUUGGUAAGGGUCAAUAUAUAAGAGAACUUUCGGUUUUGAUUGUACUUUUUAACUAUAGUGCCUAUUUCGUUUGGUCUCCAAAAGGACAGAAAAUACAGAUAGAAUCAUGGGAGAGAAAUGCCCCGAUGCUGUAGUGCUAUAUAACUAACAAAAUCAUCACGUUUCAGCACAGAGAUGGACAUUUCAUAA